AUCGAGCGCAGAGGACUCAAGUGGUGGGUCUGUACCGGCUCUGUGGUUCUGCCUCAGUGAAGAAGGAUCUGAGGGACUGGUUUGAGAGGAACAGCUCAGCAGUCUGUCUCAGUGAUGACCUGUACCCGGAUAUCAACGUGCUCACAGGUAUCCUCAAGGACUACCUCCGGGAGCUGCCCUCCCCCCUCAUCACCUCCUCCCUGUACCAGGUGGUGAGGGAGGCCUUGACCCUGCAGCCCCCGCCGGCCCCCCCCACAGCCCCGGACCCCGAGCAGAACCGGAGAACCGUGGAGCUGCUGACCUGUCUGCCCCCGCCUGAGAGGGCCACCCUGUCCCUGCUGCUGGACCACCUGAGCCUGGUGGCCUCCCUCAGCCCCUGGAACAGGAUGACCCACCAGAACCUAGCGGUCUGCUUCGGCCCGGUUCUGCUCACCCCCACCCAGGAGGCCUGGAGGGGAGGGGGAGGAGGGGGGGGAGGCAGGGGGGGGGGGAAGGCGUUGGGGGAGGAGAGUGCGGUGGACUUCAAAAGACACAUCGAGGCUCUGCAUUACCUGCUGCAGCUGUGGCCAGUGCCGACUAAUCGAGUGCCAUCAGAUGACCACAGCGACGCCUCCCCCCCUCCCGCCCCCAGCCUGACCCAUAAACCCCUGCGGAAGAAGCAGCCUCGGCUUCCUGCGCUGCGAUUGGCUCAGAGCCUCGAGCAGGAAGUGGUGUCACGCCGCGGUCGAGACGCCCGGUUGGAGAGUCCGCCGCCGAUCAACCGGUACGCCGGGGACUGGAGUGUCUGUGGGCGGGACUUCCUGUCCGGACAGGAAGCCGACUAUGACGAGGUGGCAGGAAGCGACAGCGACGGAGGCAGCAGUGAUGAAGAGGAGCAGAAGAAGAGGUCCAGCAGUGAUGAAGAGGAGCAGAAGAAGAGGUCCUGGUCUUCAUCAGCAGCAGGACCAGGUCUUUAUGUCGAAGAGUUCCUGGACUUUGACGCUCCAUUCAACUGUCGACUCAGUUUGAAGGACUUCGACACUCUGAUCCACGACCUGGAGCGAGAACUGAUCCACAUCUGCCUGUAGUUCCUGAUGUUCCUGAUGGUUCUGAUGGUUCUGAUUGUUCCUGAUGGUUCUGAUUGUUCCUGGGGGUUCUAAGGUUCCUGAUGGUCCUGAUGGUUCUGAUGGUUCCUGGUGGUUCCAAGGUUCCUGAUGGUUCUGAUGGUUCAAAGGUUUCUGAUGUUCCUGGUGGUUUCUGGUGGAUCCUGGUGGUUCUAAGGUUAUUGAUGUUCCUAUGCCGUCAAAGCAGAUUAUUUAUUUCUUGAUCCAAAGGUAAACGUAGCUCUAAACUGAAGGAGACGUGAGGGAACUAAUGUCGGUUCCCUCAUCAGAACAGUUUUAUUUUUAUUAUUGCUAUUAUUAUUGUUGGUGCAGUGUAGACCCUCUGAAAAUGUGAACGGGUUCUGGUGGUUCUGGUGGUUCUGGGUAUCAGGGUAGCAUCCUGUCGGGCUGUUGAAGCCAUAAUCUCUAUUUUACUUCUUACAACUUUGAAGGGAACGUUUUGCAGAACCCAUUGCGCUGCUGCUUCUCCUUCCAGGUUCUCCUUCCAGGUUCUCCUAGUCCUUCCAGGUUCUCCUUCCAGGUUCUCCUAGUCCUUCGAGGUUCUCCUAGUCCUUCAGGUUCCUGUUAGUCCUGCAGGUCCUAAAGGGUUCCUGUAGGGUUCAGGUUCCUGUUGAUUCCAGCAGAGCGAUGUGUUCUGCAGAGGUUCUUCAGUAUUUCGCGGUACAGAGUGAUGAAGGAAUCCGUACUGAGGGUUACAGACAGAAGCUGUUUACCGUUUGUUUCUCAUGUUUGUUGACAGUAUUGUUUUGUUGACAGUAUUAUUGUUUUGUUGACAGUAUUAUUGUUUUGUUGACAGUAUUAUUGCUUUGUUGACAGUAUUAUUGCUUUGUUGACAGUAUUAUUGCUUUGUUGACAGUAUUGUUGUUUUGCACAGAUAUUAAGCACUUCUGUUGUUAUUGACGACGAUGUUUCUAUGCAGAUGAACCAAAGUGUUGAAGCACAUUUCCUGUCUGUAUGUUUUAUAACCCGACCAAAUAUUAAACACUUAUUAUUAUUA